CUCGGAAUCGCAGGUCUAAUACUGCCGUUUGGUUGGGAGGGGAAAGCGAGCGUAAAGCGUAAACAGUCCCACAAUCCAGCACAACAAUGAAGCUUAUAGUGGUCUUAUCGCUUUUAAAAAUCACUUUUGCAACUACUUCAAACUGGACAAAUUUCAAUGAGCUCUUGAUUUUUGACGGAAAUCCUUGUGGCAGACGGGCUGUGCUGGUCAGUGGCGAUCCUAACGAACCAUGUCACAUCUACGGUCAAAACAACCACAUUCAAUUUAUCGAAAACCUUCCGGAUCGGCCAACUAUCCGUAUGAUUAAUCAACAGGAAUGGUCGGCAGUACUCGACGAAUGCCAAAAGCAACUUCUGGCUGCUAAUCCAACAUCGAAUCCUGUUGACAUACAUUUCAUCUAUCCAGGCACAAAAUGGUGUGGGCCAGGAAAUGUUGCCAAUGCUUUCGACGAUCUAGGGACUCAUGUAGCUACUGACACGUGCUGUCGUGAUCACGACAACUGUGGCGACAAAAUGAACCCCGGAGCUUGUAAAAAUGGGUUGUGCAACAACUCGAUCUUCACCAAAUCCAACUGCCAAUGCGAUGAACAACUACGUCAUUGCUUGCUGAACUCGAAUGACGAAGCAAGUUUUCCGGUGGGCUUAAUUUAUUUCAACGUUGCGGCCAUCACCUGCUACCAGCAAACUCCUGAUUGUCUAAAUAAAGAUUUUAGGCAGCGACAACGCAAACAUUUUAGAAACUCGGAUGAAAAUGCGGACCCCGAAAGUGGGUGGUGCUUCAUCCGGCCUCUGCCAUUCAGAAAAUCGAAGAACGAGUUUCGCUCCCUUUGAAAAGCUCAGCACAGCACAAUGACUUGAACCACCUCCAUGAAAUAUCCUGAAAGUCAACUGGAAACAUCUCCUAGUGUUUUACGAUUCUGUAUAAUCAGACAGUUUUCAAUGAAUUAACGCAUAAAUUCGAAUAAUGAAGUUAAACAUGGCUGCAUAGCCUACCUAUUUUAUUUGUUUAACUCCAGAUGUUUGUAUAACGUUUUCUGCUGCAUAACACUGUCAAAAUCAAGGGCAGUGGUUGGUAAGGCACGUUCGACUCCUUGUUCUCUGAAAGGAAAACAUUUAGUUACUAAUGCAGUAUUCCAUUUUGUAGAGAUCCUUAAAUGUCUGUAAAUAUAUCGAAAGCGUAA